UCACUCAGUCGAUCAGAGAUUUGAAAUCAGGGCUCUGCUGCUUUUCCCUGACGUAACGCCCAGGAAAAGAAAUCGAGAAUCGAGAAGUGUGGACCGCAUCGCACACUCCUAAUCAGAAAUGUUCCGCAACCAGUACGACAAUGAUGUGACAGUAUGGAGCCCACAGGGGCGGAUCCAUCAGAUCGAAUAUGCCAUGGAGGCGGUGAAGCAAGGAUCUGCAACUGUAGGACUGAAAUCCAAAACACAUGCAGUCCUGGUUGCACUAAAGAGAGCCCAGUCUGAACUGGCUGCCCAUCAGAAGAAGAUCCUACAUGUCGACAACCAUAUUGGCAUCUCCAUCGCUGGACUGACAGCUGAUGCCAGGCUGCUUUGUAACUUCAUGCGGCAGGAGUGCUUGGACUCUAGAUUCGUCUUUGAUCGUCCCCUACCAAUUUCACGUCUCGUUUCUCUUGUCGGCAGCAAAACCCAAAUCCCCACACAGAGGUAUGGGAGGAGGCCCUAUGGUGUUGGACUCCUCAUUGCUGGCUUUGAUGACAUGGGACCGCACAUCUUUCAGACCUGCCCAUCAGCAAACUACUUUGACUGCAGGGCCAUGUCCAUCGGAGCACGCUCUCAGUCUGCUCGUACCUACCUGGAAAGGCUCAUGGACAAAUUCUCUGACUGUAAUCUGAAUGACCUGGUCCAACAUGGCCUUCGUGCUCUGAGAGAAACGCUCCCCGCCGAGCAGGACCUCACCACCAAGAAUGUUUCCAUUGGCAUUGUGGGUAAGGACAUGGAGUUCACCAUUUAUGACGACGAUGAUGUUGCUCCAUUCCUGGAAGGGCUGGAGGAGAGGCCGCAGAGAAAGGUUGCUCAGCCUGCAGUUGAACCUGGUGCUGGAGAAGCACCUGAUGAGCCGAUGGAGCACUGAGGCAACAAGACCCCCGGACACCUGGUUCCUGUCAGACCAUCCUGAAGACCCUUCAUUUGAGGAUCCCUCAGACGGGAAGGUUGUUGUCAUGUGCCACUCGCUAAACUGUUCAUUCAGAAUGAGUCUUUGCUUGCAUCAACCCACUUGAUGCUGCUUUUGUAUGGGUAAAAUGUACCAUUCUAUGAGUAAUAAACCCAAUUUUUUUUGA